UCUUUCUCCUUGAGUAGUUAAGUUGAAGUCGGGGAAUAGAUCACAGAACCAGAGAGCUCCAACAACACCAUCGCAAUGACCACCGACUUUAAAACCCUCCCCCUUAUAGAUGUUAGUCCUCUUUUGGAGAAAUGGGAUGAUCCAAUCAUGGCUCAAGACAAAGGCGUGGCCGAUGUUGUGCGACAGUUGGGUCAGGCAUGUAAAGAAGCAGGAUUUUUUUACGUGAAGGGCCACGGCAUCCCUGAUUCCCUUGUCAAAGAGGUCAGAAACAUAGCACAUAGAUACUUUGAUUUACCUUAUGAGGAGAAAAUCAAGAUCAAACUCUCUGCAACAACUGGAUACAGAGGAUAUCAGCAUGUUGGAGAAAAUAUAACCAAAGGAGUACCUGAUAUGCAUGAAGCUAUUGAUUGCUAUAAAGAAGUCACAAAAGGAAUGUAUGGAGCUCUUGGUGAAACUAUGCAAGGUUCUAAUGUUUGGCCAAGUCAUCCGCCGAAUUUCAAAAAAUUGAUGGAGGAGUAUGUCAACCUUUGCACAGAGCUGUCUAGAAAAAUUAUGCGGGGAAUAGCUCUGGCAUUGGGUGGAUCACCAGUUGAAUUUGAAGGGACAAGAGCCGGUGAUCCAUUUUGGGUGCUGCGUAUAAUUGGCUAUCCUGGUGUCCCCCCUGCAAAUGGCCAAGACAUGCCAAAAAAUGAUAUUGGAUGUGGAGCUCAUACGGACUAUGGUCUGCUGACGUUAGUCAAUCAAGAUGAUGGUAUUACUGCUCUUCAGGUAAAAAACCUUUCCGGAGAGUGGAUAUCAGCACCACCCAUUCCUGGGACAUUUGUUUGCAAUAUCGGUGACAUGCUCAAGAUUCUAUCCAAUGGCUUUUAUGAAUCAACAUUGCAUCGGGUGACUAACAACUCUCCCAUUUAUCGUGUCUGCGUGGCCUACUUUUAUGAGCCAAAUUAUGAUGCUGUAAUAGAGCCAUUGGAUGUAUGCGUAAAACAAACUGGUGGAACCAGGAGGUUUGAAGGUGCUGUUUACGGUAAACACUUGGUCAGUAAAGUCCUCACAAAUUUCAUAUACUGAGGAAUAAGUCUCCCCAUUGUGUCUGUUUCGACUGAAUUUUGGGGAUUUCAUCUGUUAGCCGUUGAAAGAAUGUACAAUAAUAUCUUGUGUUUAUUGGAUUAAGUUGUCGGUUGAUUUAGGAUGACAUGGCCUCAUCAAUUUCUCGGAGUUUUUUGAACUCUGUACCUAGUUGAUCCCCGUUUCUUUCA